GAUGCCUCAUUGAAAUAAAUGUAUCAGUCUAUCUUAAUCUGAAGGUAAAAUUUUCUGGAAUCGGAAACCACAUCAGCCCUUACGUUUUUUAGCCUGUUAGCAUCAGUUGAGUGUAGACUGAGAAAUACAUAUAAAUAUUUACACAAUUAACACCAGCAGACAUAAAAAAAUACAUGAAAUUUUAACCAGUUAAAAAAAGUUUACUAUUUCUAAAUUAUACACAAGUUUCAUUGGGUCCAGUAAAACCAGCCAUGACCUCAAAAGAAUCAACCAAUAUGUCGGUUAUAACUGCUGUAGGAAAUUCUCUGAUUCUCCACGGAAUCUUUGCUCACUUGAGCACCAGGGAUUUGAAGGAGGUUCGAAAAGUGUCGAAAUUCUGGGAAAAUGAGGCAAACACGAUUUUACGAAAUAAGACGACCUAUUCAUUCGUCCGUUACUACAAAUCCCUCCUCACAGGACGUUCAAAUCCCGAUUAUCCUCCAAAUAUCGACCUCAUCCGCCACAUUUCCGUCGUCUCUUACAUCGCCAGCGUACCAUAUUACGUCGACAUACGUUAUCCCUAUUUUCAACAGAGUUUCGCAAAUUUCGCUGCAAAAUAUGGAGACAAAUUUCACUCAAUUUAUUUCUCAAUGUCCACCGAUCUCUACACCAUAAUGUUCUCGCUCCUUAGUAACAUCCAGUUUCAAAAUUUAAAAUGUCUGACAACUCGAGUCUUCAAAAUGAAUGAUGAUUUAUUCCCACAAAACGAAAUUAGCGAAUUGCAAACCAAAUUUAACAUGUCAAACUUGAGGAGUUUCAACAUUAAGAAUUUCGAGCUAUCCGAAACUGGAAGCAAUUUUCACGCCAUGGCCUCAAAAAUUAUAAAGCAGGCUAUAAAUUUGGAAAAUUUGAGGAUAAAUGAUGAAACUAAUUUCUUCCCGGAUUUGUCAUCUUGUAAAAAAUUGAAAUAUUUCAAAUGGAAAUUUCACCCGUUCAAGUCAAACACAAACUUCCAACAAUUCAGUGACAAUUUUACAAUUCAAAAAAUCCUCGACAUGCUUAAUCAGGUUUCAGAAACGUUGCAAUAUUUCCGUGCUGCCGUGCUAAGAUCGUGCGAGGAUCCGCCAUUGCUUACGUUUGAUCCCACCCUACUCGUAUUUCCAAUAAUGAAGAAACUCACUACAUUAUCCCUCCCCACGGUUAACAUGUUUGACCUCGGAUUUACGAAAUUGACCCAGAAUGAACUCCCAAGUUUAAAGCGGGUUGAGCUACUCAUGGCAGAAAAUUCCUACAGAGGUACUCGAUUUCUCGGGAAGUACAUUACCAACGGAUUUUCAAGAAUUUUGUGGACAACCGUAGAGGAACUCAGAUUUGAUGGCAUUGAUAUAAAUUGCGAUACAUCGGAGCACAUUUGGUCCAAAAUUUGGCAAAUUUUUCCGAAUUUGAAAAACUUCACAGUGCAAAUUUAUGGAUCGAUGCAGAGUCCCAACAAGAUGGUGGAAUCCUUUCGAAAUUUGUACCAGUGUCCGUGGAAUUUGACGAUCAUGUUAUUUCCAAAAAUUUGCACUUUUUCCGAAUUAAUGGAAGCCAUGCGGUUUGGUAGCGUUCGUGGGAAGGAUGAGUCAGCGUUGUCACAUGGAUCAUUUAAACACAUCAGCAUCGUGCGAUGUAGGACGCCCUCAAACACGAGAGAAUGGAUCGACCCUGGAUGCACAAAAUAUGAGGAAGUUUUUAAAAUCUGGCAGCCAAACUUGUCUUUACACGGCUUUAGGUUCCACCCAGCAGCACUGUCCCGGAUGGUAGACUUCAUUCAAAAAAAUGAACUAAAGGUCAGCUUCGAAAAGCGGAUGUGAAAAAUUUUGCAGACGUUCGGACAAAUAGAGUUUCAUUUAAUACGCAAAUUAAAAAUGUAUGUGUACGUCGAAAUCGACAUAAUAAAAUUUAUCAUUUCUAAAUAUCUUUGUAUAUCAAUAAAUGUUUUUAAGUAUUUUU